ACUGGGAAAUAUAUGGUUUUGAAAGCUUAUGCAUAUUUCCUUUUGAAUGCAGUAUCAAGGUUUUAUAUGAUACACAAAGUCUGGUUUUUGAUAAAGUGAUAGGCAUGGGGAAAAAAUAGGAAAAGUUUUCUCAUUUAUUGAUUAGACAUCUCGGUGUUUAGAUUCCUCCCACCCUACAGGUGUGUAGAGACAUAGCAGCAGACGGGGAGGGUUUGUGUGGUAGAUCAAUGCACUGGUGGGUCAGUAAGUAAAAGACUUCCAGGUCAGACAACAGAACACACAAGUAGACAGCUCACAGAUACAGACUGAUUUAAAGACUACCAGGACAUUGUUUUAACAGUGGGAGUAAAUUACCAAGUCAUUAUGAGGAGCAGGUGACUAAAAGGUGCUGUAGUUGAAAAGUUCCCAUCCUUCCCACCACAUCACCACAGCUGUCGUCUGCCAACAUGAGUAACCUACGAGACCAAAGAAGUAAGAAGAAGUUUGACGAGGGCUGCUGUGGACUUUUCUUUUUAAAAUAUGCCCUCUGCACUUUUAAUAUUAUAUUUUGGUUGUCUGGUGCUGCCAUCUUGGCAGUAGGAAUAUGGACAGUGCUGGCCAGACACCACUAUGUGAGCCUCCUGGCCACCAGCAUCUAUCCCGUCACCACUUACAUCCUCAUUGUCACAGGAGGAAUAGCUGUCAUCAUGGGCUUUAUAGGAUGCUAUGGGGCUAUAUGGGAGAACAGGUGUUGUCUGAUGACAUAUGCUUUUUUCUUGGUGCUUAUAUUCUUAAUGGAAGCUAUAACAGGAGUGUUAGCUUAUACAUACCAGGCAGCUAUUGAACAAGAACUUCAACGUAGUCUGAACAAGACAAUGAUGGAAAGCUAUCAGUUUGAUAUGGCCAUAACUAAUGCUACAGAUGACUUACAACAAUGGCACAAGUGUUGUGGUACAGGCUCUUUUGAAGACUGGCGGUACAGCAAGUGGUUGCGCAGUGUCCCUACCAAUAACACAGCACCAGACAGCUGCUGUAAGAGCACCAGCACAGGGUGCGCAGUCAGAAACCACCCCUCCAAUAUUUAUUAUGAUGGGUGUCUUACCAAGCUAGCAAGGUACCUGAAAGGACACAUUAUAAUCAUUGGUGCUGUAGGACUGGGGAUGUGUUUUGUACAGGUCUUUGGUAUUAUAUUUGCUUGCUGUCUGGCUCGAAGGAUCAAAGAGUGGAAUGAGUAUAGAUAUCAACAGCCUACAUACAUGUAGCAAAGUGUGGUGAUGGACAGAACUGUUUAAGUCAUGCAUUGUAGAAUUGCAGUGCUAAAAGCAAGGGAAGUGAUAUUCCAGGCACAGAUCUUGUCAUAGACAUUGUGUAUGGCAACACAAACUUCCUGAAAGAACUUUUGAAAGUUUGGCCAUUCUUUGGGUUUCAAGUAGAUUACAAGACUGUGUUCUGCUGUGCUUGAAUAUAUGAUCGAAGAGUUUUGAUCAACUUUGGAUUGUGGUAGGGAAGCACAAUCUGGAGAAUGUGAUAGAGAAGCAUUCUGUUGGAGGGAGAGACAGUCCAUUUGAUGCACGUGUACAUAUUCAUUAUUAUAUUGCCAAGUGAAAAAUCCCAAGACAAAGAAAGGGGAGAAAUUGCUAUGUAUAAGCCUUGAAAUGAAAGGCGAAGAAAUGCGAGAGAAAUCUCAGAAUGAGCACUGUUGUUCAACAUGGUGAUAGAUCUGCUUUAAUAUGGUGCAAACCUUGGCAAAGUGCCAAAAAGUCAUCAUUUUUAUACAAGUUGUAAAAUGCACUGUUUAUUAGACAAUUGCAGUAUCAGUUCUUGUACACUUUAAUCUGUCACUUAAUUGCACUGUAUUUGUAUUAUUGCUCACUCUUUAUUGUAAUGGUUGUGCUUUGUUGAUUUAUUUUAUUAUUGCAAGGGUAAUAUCAUUUAUUAUAGAUGCCACUGUUGGCCACUGAUGGCAGUUUUUACAGUGUGAUAGCUAUUUGCUUGGCCUUGGUUGAUUUUAUUGUGUAUUCUUUUAGACAAAUCACUUCUUAGUGACAUUAAAGUAUGACAACAUUCUUUGAGAUUAUUUUGUAUGACAAGUAUCAAUUUAUUAUUAUUAUUUUAAUUACUUAGACCUUCAUUCAUAUGUUCAUUCAUUCAUAGAAGAAAGCUUUUGCUGCAUUCUGAUUUAGUUGAAAUGAACAAACUGCAACUCCACAAAUUUUCAGUUUCUUCCAAUUUUAGAAAUAAUCCUGCUGUUGUCUAUUAGUGAAGCAAAAGGUUGUUUUCUAUUAUGUACAGAUCAAUCGUAUAUUUAAAAAACUGAAGAGCAGAUCGCUGCUAGACAUCACAAGAAGUCAUUGACCUCCUGUAUGUUAAAAUACUAGAUGUUCAAAAACAUUUCAAAUGAUCAAGAAUAUUUGAAAUUGAGAGAUUUGAUGUCAUCAACUAAAAGACACAGUUAAAGUCUUAUUGAUGGCAGUUAAUAUAUAAGCAAUCACAUAAAGAGAAACUCUUAAAUAUGUUCAUGCUAAUGAAUACUUCAGUUUUAUCUUUUCUGUGUGAAUGCUGCAAAUAUUUGUUAAAAAGUUGGAUUUGAAAUCAAGAGAGGGAAUUUUUUUAUAGUUGGAGAUGUAGACCACUAAGGCCCUUGUGAACAAUUGGACUCCUGUAGUUGUUUCCUCAACAGACUCGUAUGUUUAUUAUUUCUAGCAGGCAAAAAGUACCUUGAUCAAUUUGCUUUCAGUCGAAGAGUCUCUGUCAAAUCUCCUGCAAGAUUUACUCUUGAUGGUCACUAUCUCAUUGGAAACUAACUGUAAGAUUUCUGUUACUUGACGGCUUUAGUUCACACAGCGUGCAGAUUUCUUUAGUUGUAAAAUUUUAGGCCAUUGGUUCCAGUGAUUGGUACCAUAAUAUUCAUAAAAAAAGAAUUAAAAUUGUUUUGAUUUUUGGAAUGAUUCAAAGGUGCCUUACUUUCUCUUAUGCUAAAUUUUUUGUAAUAUUUCAUGUUUUAUGAAAAGUCUUAUCAGAAAUCUAGUUUUUGACUCAUCCUGAGAAUGUAUUAUAAUAGUGUCUACAGAAGUUACCAACAUGAAAUUAAAAGGAGCAUCAAAUGUAGAGCCAUUGAGAAUGUUUAAUACAUUAGUUUUUGAAUGGGUUAUGACUAGAGGUGUAACUUUUACUUCUGAUAAAAUGGGAAAGAUUCAUGUCUUUUAUAUUUAGGGUUAGUGUAAUUUUUGUCUGCUGUUAAUUUCAAACUCCACAACCCAAUCCACAGUGUUUGAUAACCAACUGUGAUUUAACCAGAAAUGUUCUGAAAUCUCCUAUGAAUGUAGAUAUGGUGUUACAGAAUUUUGACUAGGAUAACUGACUUGUAAAACCUGCAGCUUCAAAAAUAAAGAUAUAGUUUAU